AGAUCAUUAGCGUCAUAGAUCGUAACGAUGUUUUAUCAGGUGCGGAAAAUUGUGCCUUUUUAGUAGUUUAAGAUUCGAUUAAGCCUAAGCGAGGGUAUAAAUGAAUAUUACUUGCAAAUCAGGAGGGCGGCGCACCACGGCCAAUAAUUUUUUAAUUCUACGUAAUUAUUAUUGAUUAAUAUCACGAAUGAUAAAGUGUUCCUGUACCUAAUUAAUUAAUAAUGAUUAUUAUUAUUAUUAUUAUUAUUAUUAUUAUUAUUAUUAUUAUUGUAUAUCAAAAGUAUUUGAAAAUAAUAAUAAUGCGAUUUUCACUGGAUCAACCAAAGAUCAUCGCCUUUACCCUUUUUUGGUUUUCUUUAAAUAUCUUUCUUUUAUUGGAACAGCGUGGAUCGCGCGAUCCGGAAAAUUUGCGACAGACUUUAGUUUUAAACUUCUUUUGACACUGUUUGUUCCGACUGUUUUUCAACGAUCUUCCGUGUCAGGUACUGUUUGCUAUAUUAAUUACGUCAAUAAAAAAGAACCGGAGAAUCACAUGACUGUUGAAUUUGGAAUCACUAGGGCUGUACAAAUGCUUAGAUGGGUAUGAUAUACCCUUUUUGGGGUAAACAGUUGUGUUCUGUGCGCAUGACUGAGUAAAUAAUUGAAAUAUGUUUGCUGGAUCUGUAGAAUUUUGGUUGAAAUAAUAUUUGACACUUCGUUAGGAAUUUUUCGGUAUAUACGUGUGACAAUUAAUCAUCCACAGUAGACUGGUGUUGCGUUUUGAAAGUUGAUUAGGAGUAAUUCUGAUAUGUUGGGUCUUUUUUUUAUCAAUAUUCUUACAAGGAAGAUACGAAUGAUACUAGGAUACGCUCAGAUGUGAUUUGUGAACGUAUCCUUAGUUUCUAAAAGUGAUUGACACUGACAGUCAUUUGUUUGAGAAAUAUGUCGUUGACGUUGAUAAUCGAAAAUCAUAUAGUAUGAAUUAUUUGAUCGAAAUCAGUGGUAAAGAAAAAUGGCCAAGGUAUACAAUACGGAAUUCAAGGAAGCUCUUCGUGAAAUUGCUCAGAGGGUUGCCCACUUUAACUCACCAUACGAUCGCGUAAGAAUCGUGGAAUGGUCACGGAGGUUGGCGGGUAUUCCCGAUGAUACAAUUGACGAAGCCAAGAAUCGUAAUGAUUAUAUACAGUUGCUGAAGAUAAUGACACGAGGUGGACGUCUUCAUGGGGUAUUUUUAAAAUCCCCGCCAGAAAACGACAUACCGCCAUUGGCUGAAGCUAUGGCCAAUUUCCUAUGCGAUCUGUGUCCUGAACUCCCUAGGGCUGGUCCCAUUGAGCCUAUUGUAUCCAGACGAACUCCCGACGGCUGUGCGUACAUUGCUUUUAGAAAAAUUCCUGAUAAAGGUUUGUUGUGCUACAUGGCUGUUAGCACUGAUGGUUUAGAAUCGGACGGUAACUCAUCGACUGAUGACGAGACCAUGAUGAAAGAUAAGGAAACGUCACCCUUGUGAUUAUUCAGUCUUUUACUAUUGUGACAUUUAUAUGUACAUUUUGUUUAAUAAAGAAGGAAUAUUUACCAUUAUUUUCU